AUGCUCCCAGAUAUCGAACUAUAUCAUUGGCGCAAAGGGUCUCAGUGGUUUGAAGUGAACCGUGAAAUCGCUAUUUACAUCAUCUCUGACUCGAAAUACUACUCAUUGUUCAAAAAAUACUGCAGACCAGCUUGUUAUCCAGACGAGCAUUACAUCCCAACUUUGUUGAACAUGUUUCACGGUUCAGUGAACGCUAAUAGAAGUGUGACAUGGGUGGAUUGGUCCGUAGGGGGUCCGCAUCCAGCUACAUAUGGGGCAGAUAAUAUCACAGAAGGGUUUUUACAAUCAAUAAGACAGACCGAGACUGAUUGUCUUUACAAUGAAGAGCCAACUUCUUUAUGCUUCCUUUUUGCUCGGAAGUUCGCUCCUAGUGCCUUGGCUCCUCUUAUGAACUUGAGCUCUACUGUCAUGGGGUUUUGAGUGAACAGCUGACUUCUUUCUCUACUUUUAUAGGGAUGAGAUAAGAUUCUUCUACGAGAUAUACAUAGGUUUUGAUUCAUUUUUUGUUAUUAGUUCUUUGGUUAUGAUCUCAUCAUGUAAAGGUUGAGCCUUUUGUAUGUAAGCCUUUUGCAGAGCUUAGCUAUUCUAGUUAUUGAUUACCAACAUCUAAUUCUUUUUUCAUCAACAUUUUGGUAAAAUGAAAUGAAACGUUU